AGCCAAUCCCGACAGGCGAUCAGCCGGAACUAAUUUCCCCAGUGGGUUUAACCCCGGGGGUGACGCGUUCGGCAAGGGAUCGACAAACACCAGAAAAACCUCUUCAGAGUUUCAGGCCAGUCGUUCUCUUCUCCUGACAUGUUCUCCGGCAGUGCACGCAGCAGCAUGAAAGCAAAAGGCAUCACCACGACCCUGGAUGGCGACAGAUCGGGGCCACCCCCGCCCGGCGUGGUGCUGGUACCCCGACCCAGUGCCGACCCGGCGGACCCGCUCGUAAGCAGUAGCCCCCCCCCAUUCCAUCCCUUCCAUCCCCUGAUUUCGGGCAUCUCGCAGAAUUGGACGCAUCGCCGCAAAUAUGUCAUCCUGGCGACUCUCUGUCUGGCCUCCUUCUCUGGCGCCAUUGCCCCUCUCUCCGGUCAACUGAAUCUCGCCCAACAGGCCAAGAUCUAUGGCAAGACCACGGUUCAAGAGUCUUACGCGAACUCCGCAGCCCUCGCCGGCAUGGCGUUCGGCCCCUUCUUCUUCGCCCCCAUCGCCCACCGGCUCGGCCGCAGCUCCGUCAUCUUCUGGUGCGUGCUCUGCGCCAUGAUCUGCCAGAUCUGGGGCGCCCUUAUGACCCACCCAGAUGAAUACAUCGCCUUUAUCAUGUCGCGUUUGUUUUCCGGCUUCUUCGGCGCCGUCCCCACCGUCCUGGGGCCCCGGGUAAUCACUGAUCUGCUGUUCCUGCAUCAGCGUGGCCGUGCGUUUACAGCCCUGCACAUGGCCUUUCUGUUUGGCACUAUCGCCGGGCCCACCUUUUCGGCCUUUAUCUCCGCCAAUGCCUUCUUCCCGGUCGAGUUCUGGUGGUCCGUCGGUCUGCUGGGUGCUACGGCCAUUCUGAUCUUCCUCUGCCUCGAGGAGACGGGAUACGACCGUGAGAAUCCCCAGCGGAAUCCGACUAUUCCCACCAACUGGCUGGCCAACCGAUGGGCAACCUUCUUCUUCGGCCAGCGCGUGGUGCAGCCCACCACCUGGUCGGCCACCAUGAAAAUCGCUGUAGCCCCUAUCCUCAUCGGGAUCUGUCCUGUGACCAUCAUCAUGGGUACCUUCACCCUCAUCUCCUUUGGCUUCUACGUGGGCAUGAACGCCCUAGUGCCCGUCUGGCUACAGCGAUCCCCCGAAAAAGGCGGCUACGGCUUCUCCCUGAAGCAGAAUGCCGCCUUCACCUUCUGUCACUGGAUCGGCAUCAUCAUCGUGCAGAUCUUCGGCCACUACUACAAUGACCGGCUGCCGCUGGCCCUGGCCCGCCGUUUCAACCACGGCGCCUGGAAGCCCGAGUAUCGGCUGCAUGUGCUCUGGAUUCCUAGUCUGAUUCUCAAUCCCAUCGGGCUGGGGAUCUUCGGCGCUACCCUGCAGUACCAGCUGCACUACAUGGUCCUCGCACUGGCCGUGUUCAUUGUCACGAUCGGUUCCCUCGCCAGUGUACCGGUCACAGUCAACUACGUGGUCGAGUGCUUCACGCGGUACCCGGCUGAAGCAGGUAUCGUGAUCGGGGCCUACCGGAUUGUCUAUGGCCUGACUAUCAGCUUCUACAUUGACCCCUGGGUGGAGGCUGUCGAGGUGGGCUGGGUGUAUGGCAUGAUGGCCUUCUUUGCCAUCUUCUCGUUCUUGUUCGUCAUGCUGCUCAUGUGGAAGGGCCAUGCCAUUCGCGAGUGGCAGCUGGCCAGUGUGGCGAGCAGCGAGGAGGGUAUGCAGGUGGAGGAUGGUGGCAGUGAGAAGGGCACGGCUGCCCAUGGAGAACCGGGGGUCUAGAGACUUUGUCUAUAGAUGUGUAUAUUGAGGAGACGCGAUAGGUGCGAUGUAAUCUGCUACUAGAUAAUGCAUAAAUUUGAAACUCCAAACCAGUUUAAUCCCCGGCAGGUCAAGGC